AUGUAUUUCAGCAAAAACCGCAUAAUUCUGAUCGAAAUCGCAUUUUUUUUGUUCCGAGAGAGCAUUAUUUUGUCAAGAGCAGUUGGCAACACUGCACUCAAUUAUAAAGACUUUCUUGACUGGAAAACACUACAAACGAAGACAUUUACGAAUAAUUUAAGAAAAGAAGAUGGAUCCACCAUCAAACUUAGGGAUGUACGUCUAAUUAUGUUUGAAAAAGAGGAUCCUAAUUAUACUCAUGUGUCUACGUCAUCCUUCCGGAACGAAAUGUCUAAAAUAGCCAUAAAAAAAGAGACGAGAACCUCUGUUAACCAGAACAUAACCAUUGGAAAAGCUUAUAAUGCGAGACUACCUAUAGCCACAGAGAAGUAUCAAGGACUAAAAAAUUUAUGCACAAAAAAUGUAAUUCCAAUAGAGUAUCAACACCAAUAUUUAACUCUACCAACUAAACCAACAGUACCUCAUUGUCUAAUGGAGACAGAUGAAGAAGACGAGGUAAAUAAAAUGACCUGGCUCGGGUGCAUGGGGAUCAUACAUACUCCCAGAAGAAAUAUUGUGGAGGAAUUGGUCAAGAAAAUGUUAAUACUAAAAGAAGAAUUAAUUGCCAGAUAUGAAGGUAUAAGAAGGGUGCUAACAGCUAAUGAAAUAGAAGAGGUUCAGGGGCAUGGGAUCAUACAUACUCCCAGAAGAAAUAUUGUGGAGGAAUUGGUCAAAAAAAUGUUAAUACUAAAAGAAGAAUUAAUUGCCAGAUGUGAAGGUAUGAGGAGGGCGCUAACAGCUAAUGAAAUAGAAGAGCUGGUACAUUACUCUGAAAGUGCCAUGAUAAGGUGCUCAAUAUACAAUAUUAUUAAAGAACAUUUUAAUCCUCAUCCCCAUAAACUUGUAGUGGAAUAUGGCAGAGGGGAAAUUGAAGAUCCCCUCCAUCUUCGCGUUGCACCUGUAGAGGGAUUUUUUGCAAGGCAAGGCAGUUUUUUUUCAAUAAAAAAAAUGUUCGGGGGCAUAGGGAUCAUACAUACUCCCAGAAGAAAUAUUGUGGAGGAAUUGGUCAAGAAAAUGUUAAUACUAAAAGAAGAAUUAAUUGCCAGAAGUGAAGGUAUGAGGAGAGCGCUAACAGCUAAUGAAAUAGAAGAGGUUCAAGGGCAUAGGAUCAUACAUACUCCCAGAAGAAAUGUUGUGAAGGAAUUGGUCAAGAAAAUGUUAAUUCUAAAAGAAGAAAUAAUUGCCAGAUGUGAAGGUAUGAGGAGGACGCUAACAGCUUAUGAAAUAGAAGAGGUUUGGGGGCAUGGGGAUCAUAAAUACUCCCAGAAGAAAUAUUGUGGAGAAAUUGGUCAAGAAAAUGUUAAUACUAAAAGAAGAAUUAAUUGCCAGAUGUUCGGGGGCAUGAGGAUCAUACAUACUCCCAGAAGAAAUAUUGUGGAGGAAUUGGUCAAGAAAAUGUUAAUACUAAAAGAAGAAUUAAUUGCCAGAUGUGAAGGUAUGAGGAGGGCGCUAACAGCUAAUAAAAUAGAAGAGGUUCGAGGCAUGGGGAUCAUACAUACUCCUAGAAGAAAUAUUGUGGAAGAAUUGGUCAAGAAAAUGUUAAUACUAAAAGAAGAAUUGAUUGCCAGAUGUGAAGGUAUGAGGAGGGCGCUAACAGCUAAUGAAAUAGAAGAGAUUGAUAAAGAAACAGACGAAAGUAAUGAUGUAGAUGAUGAUACCGCUUUGCAAGAUAUGAAUCCGGACUCUGAGGAGCCCCAGAAGACUAACGACAUACAAGAGCCUGACGAGACUGAAGAGCAUCAUGAGAUUCAGAAGCCUCACGGGACUCAGCAGUCUCACGAGACUCAUGAGCUUCGCGUGACCCAGGAGCCCAACGAGUCUCAGCAGACUCCAAAGACUCGGAUUAGAGUCAGUAACAAGGAAAGAAAACCCCCUCAGAUGACUCAUAGUAUCCCGAACAAAAAACGUGCAGUUGAAAAAUUGGAUGCUGCUUUCGAAAUUCUAACAAAGGCAUCGAAUAAGGAACCACCGCAGGAUCCAAGCGAAUGUCAAAUAUUUGGAAAUCUUGUAGCCAAGAAACUUAGUAAAUAUUCGAACGUAGCACAAACGGCAGUACAAGAAGCCAUCAUGAAUAUUUUAUUUGCGGCAGACAAGGGGUAUUAUAAUCAAUAUCCCGCUCCAAGAGGUUAUCAAUCAAACAAUUAUUCCACAAUCCAAAGCGAACUUGUACAACGUGAUUCGGUUUACCAAGAUACUCAGUUGAUACAAUCCCCAUAUUCACCCCGUCCCGCAGCUCAUUGGGAUUUUGCAACUGACGCAUCAUCCCAAGCGCCUCAGUUUUCACCGGUACCACUGCCACUAAUAUCUCCAGCAUCAGCAAGUUCACAAUGCUCGGGUAUGACAAAUUAUUCCGCUUCUACCAGCAAUCCACCCCCAUUUACCAGUGCAACAUUACUAACUGAUUUAAACUUGCCAGAUAAUUAAAUGAUAUUCAAGAACAAAAUUUUAUAGAAAAAUGUUUUAUAAUAAAGAAUUUUGAGCAAUAAAUAAAUCAACAUACCUGUAUAUUCUCCUUCAACCCUUCUAUGAGAGCUUCACACACUUCUGGUACUAUAGCGCUUAUCGAUUGUUUCGAAAUUUUGAACAGAUAUUGCAGACUCGUGAAGGAAUCUCCAGUCGCCAGAAAACGCAUUGUUACUGCCAAUCUUUCCUGAACCGAAAUAGCUUGUCUCCAAUUAGUGUCUCUUCUUGAUACUUUUGGACCGAUUAGGUUAAUCAAAAAUU